GAAGUAAUGUUUGGGUAUCGGUUUGUUUGUUUUUGUUAUCGGAAAAGAGGACGCUAAAAAUGUGAGAAUGUCCGAGUUGAAUCGUAUUUUUGGUGAUUUAAAAAGGAACUACGUGCCUGGUCUGCAAUGGGUGGAUGUGGAAGAGAUGCUGUAUGGCGAGGAAGCUGGCGAAGAGGUGCUUCUGGAACGGGCUCGAAAGUUCUGGUCACUGACCAUGUGCAAGCAAGAGAUUCACAAACAGGAGGCGCAGCUACAGGUUCUGCGAGAUUUGUCGGGAGUUCUCCGUGCGAUGCGGGAUGAAAACCAGACUACCUAUAGCAACACAGAUGACAACUGGGCCAGUAUCAUCACGAUAUCCCCCGCCAGUUCCUACCUUUCCUACAUCUACGCAUUGAUUGGUCUGGCCGUUCCUCCGGAACAUGUCGGGCAAGCUGCUCCCUCUGUUUUAAACGAUAAUUUAAAUCUUCAGCUGUCGCUGAAUGCUGUGAGCACAUAUCUGCUCACUCUGACCAUUCCUGGAUCCAAGAGCUACGGGGUUUUCGAUGAGGACGUUAUCGAGCAGGUUUUGAAGAUUUUUCGGCUCUUGGAGCAGAAUGCCAACAAAAGUGUUCGGGCCAACACCAUCUGGAUGUUCUUUCUAACGAUCUGCGAUGAUCUGAAGCUGGUGUUUCGCUAUGUGCACUUUAAGGAGCAUCUAAAGGCGAGAGAUAGGAUCAUUCGAUGUCUCAUGGAAGUUCUCUACAUGAACUUUAAAAUGGGCUACCAAAAUUCAUGUGCCCCUGCCUUGCAUACAAAAUGUUAUGAACUUUUUGGAGAGAUCGCUAAUGAACACAAUGGGGACGUAUAUGAGACUCUUCAUCUCAUAAUGCGUCAGACGUUUCCCAUGCAUAUAUACACGGAUAGUCCUCAUAACGUCGGCGCUGGCCGUCGCGGAGGAGCUAUGCAGUCCGGAGAGCACAUAUCAGACUGGUUCAUCCAGUUAAUAGAGAAAUACCCAGACAUUCUUACCCGUAUUCUGCAUUUCUACAUUGAGUGCGUGGUAUCCAACCCCAUAAAGGCUUGGAAGAGCACGGAUGAAAAGGUGGCUAUUAAUUACGCUGCCAAAUAUGACAGUAUUCUAUUUGCCAAGUGCAACAAGUCCUGUGCGGAUUUCGUCCUAGAGGCUGUAAAGGCUGACGAUGCUGUUGGAAUUCAAACUCGAGCACUGGACCUUAUUGAGAAGAUUCUUCUCCAUCAGAGCGAAGUAGAAUGGACUAUCUUUCGGUACGAUGUGUCCAAGGUCCCGCGGGAAGUGCUACUCCUUCGUGAAGUGAUACGCUGCCUAAAUGAUAGGACUUUCACUGUUCGUCGUAAAGCUUGCCAAGUACUCGUCCUAGCUCUAAAACAGGGAUCGCCCAUGACCACCAAAAUUCUGGACGAAAGUAUUCGGUUUGUCCAAUUCGAGGAUGCCAACGUCGAGGCACUUCACGAGCCUUUGGUGGAGCAGCAUGAGCUGCGAUUCGAAAAGCCAGGAAUAGUUCAGUACGCUUUUAGUUUCGAGGGCCAUGAAAUGUUGGAAGAGGAAGUCAAGACCAUUCCUCAUAUGGUGUACCAGCGUUUUCUGGCUGCAGAUAAUGGUCUAGCCCGAACAGCAGGAAUUGCCCUGCUUGAACGAUUGGUUUUAGUUAAUCCCUUAAUCAUUUAUAAUACGAAUUUUGUGAGGGAAACCUCCUUGCUGGCUGUGGACAGGCUGGCAUCUGUUAGGAAGUCUGGACUAGAAACAAUGGAAACCCUUCUGGAAGCAUAUUCAAAUUGUUUUGCGUUGAUUUGUGUAUACUGCAGGAUCUGGGCUUGCCUAAUGAGCGAUGAGGACAUCGCUUUGCAGAAGCUGGCUUUGCAGAGCUUCAAUCGAAUGGUUUUAAAAAAUAUUCAACCCUUGGAGUAUUCCAAUGCCGCUAAACACUUUAUGCCUUGGCGAAUCAUUAGUACUCUUUUAAUGACACAACCCAGAGCCUAUCUACAGGAAAGAUUUUCCAUCCUCAUGGAAAGCGAGUCCAUAGUUACGCCCAAACUCGUCAAUGUUAUAAUCUCACAUUUGUCCACAUCCAUGGCUACAGAUGCCUGGGGAUUGCUCCUGCUCCUUUCCAGCCGCAUCACCAACAACAUGGAUGCCUUGAUCGGCAUUUUCAACAGCCUUUCUUCUUACAACAUGAAGUCAAACCAAUUUCUGGCUCUGCAGCUGAUAAUUGGUUGCUUGAAGAACUUUUCCAAACCGGCUUUGAAUCAACUAUUUCAAAAACUUUUGACCGCCCUCAGAACUGGAAGCAUUUGGCUGGGUCUCAUAUCAAGUGCUGUCAAUCUACUGAACCAGAUCUACCACCUGUCCAUGAGUCAAGCUCCGUCAAUGGGUUCCGAGGUGCCCGAAUGGCAGCUGAGCCUGCUGGAGGAUCUAACCAUUGAAAUCUUAAACAGCGCAGAGAAUUUCCAGAACGAACACACCAGAUUGCAGUGCCUGUUGGGAACCUAUACAGAGAUAAUUGUGAUGCUGCCGAAGGAGGUGGACAAUCGGAUUGUGGAGAUUGUGUUCAAGUAUCUGCAGGAGUGCACCAGACUUAGUGAGUCCCAGUUCGAUACGGACAACGAGCGCAUGACAAACUGGAUGAUUGUGAUAGCGGGGCGUCUGUGCCUCAGGGAUACCCAUUUGGCCAAUAGCGUGUCGAAGUUGUAUAGAAUUAUUCUAACCAAAAACGAUCGCCCCCAGAUCAUCAAUACUACAUUGAUUGCCAUAAAUGAUCUGGGAAAGAAGCACCCUUCAAUUCUAGAGAGUAAUUUCCAAUGCAUUCUGUCCAAACUGCACUCCAAUUUCGCCAUGACUAGGGUAAGGACCUUUCGCUGCGUUAAGGACAUUAUACUCUCCGGCACCAUUAAGCUGAAGGGUCCAAUUCUAAUCUCCAUGCUGUCUGCUCUGGUGGAUGAGAGCGCCGAAGUAGCACGGGAGGCGGAUGCCUUCUUUAUUCGCUACAGAAGAUUGUACAACAAAUUGUUGUUCGAUCAUUGCCUUAAGGAAUGUCCUUUCGAUCUGAAUGGCCUGGCCUAUUUGCGAGGCGUGCGAUCGGAUUCCAACUACAAGUCGCCGCUAAAGGGUCCUGAAAAGGAAAAAAGUCGCCGCUUACUUUAUAAUCACAUUAUGUCUUCUGUGGAUGACAAUACGUUGUUACUUUACUUUGGGCAGCUUAAGUUGCUAGCGGAAAAAACCAAGGACAACGCUUUUGUUAGUUCGCCAGGCGCUCUAACCAUAGUCCAGGAUAUGCUCUUUAUCAUGCGUCGCAUUUGCUUUCUCACCAAGGGAAAGGGCAAGGAGAAAAGCAGUCGCGGAGAAGGUGAAGAAGACGUCGGUGAGGAUGAACCAAUAUCACCAGCACCAUCCAAGCCAGCCGCUGAAACGGCUGCAGCAGGUCAGGCUUCAACUCCAAGGGGAAGAGGGAGAAAGGCGGAUUCCUCUGAGGAACCUCUCAAGCAACUGGAGCGAUGCCUACGUUAUGUGGAAGAAACCCAUCGCAAUUUGAAAUGCGUUAUGACUUCGGAGUUACAGCAUUCCAUGGACACCUUUUGCCGGUCUUUGGCUAUGAGAUUCCCCAAUUACAUUGAGUUUGCUCAGCCGGCACAGUUUUGGCAAAAGUACCGCUCUGCCAAGACUCCAAAGGGAGGCAGAAAGAAGAAAAGGCGAAUGGAUGAAGACGCGGAAGCAGAUGGCGAUCCGGAAGGAGAUCCUCAUUCGGCGGAUGGAGAGAGCGACAGCGACAAUGAGCUGCCGCUAGAGCGCCACAAAUCAAAACCCACGAGCUCCCGUCUCAGCAAAAGGACGACCAGCUGCGAUAUGCUUGUGACGGAGCUAAUAUUCCAGCCACCAGAUUGGUGAUGUGUUCAUAAUUGUAAAUAGGAAACCAACUCAAAUAUUUAGACCACCGAAAAUUGUACUUAAAAACCUAAACUACCCUAGAAAUAAGAUAUUGUUACAUACAACUAAUAAAUUUUGUUACAACCAUUUCAA